GUCAAAUUAACAGCAAUGUCACAAUUGUCAAAUCAAAAGUAUAACCUCAUCUUUAUGAUGCAAUUUAGAAUACUCAAUAAUAAAACGAUGUUUACGAAGUGAAUUGACGUGAUUUAGUUUAUAUUAAUUGUGCUAUUGCCACCUGAGAUGGGUGCCUUAGUGACUAAAGCUUUGAGACCUAUUAAAACCUUUAACAUCGAAAAUCGCGCUCAUCGUGAGAUUGCUAAAGCAAAACCAACUCCGGCUCCAAGAUAUCCUGAAAAUAUAGCAGAUUUGCAACGUACUUUGGAAGCGGAUCCUAAUAUAGAUGAAAAACUUGAUAGAAAAGAUGAAGAGCUCGAUAAAAGAUUAAAAGAUGUUUAUGUAACCUCAUUUGGAAGGCCCGAGGAUGAUGUUACGCGUGAAAAGCAGACUAAGCAUAAGAGUUUGCGACCUUUGCCACAGGAUCGCAAAAUGCCUGAACAAUACGACUUUGGUUUCAAGGAGCCAGAGAGAAUACCGUAUGGGCGAACUACUCUGAGAGCUGCCAUAAACUUUAUAGCAUCUCAUCAAGCGAAUCCCGAGGAAGUGACGGCCGCUAAGAUAGCUCUAGAGUAUAAACUAAAGGAGGAGGAUGUUCACAGUAUACUUAAGUAUUUCAAGACUUAUGAGGUUUACAUACCAGAGACAAAGACAUCACCAGCCAUGUUUGCUGGACCGGCCCAAAUGAGGAAACAGUUGUACAAACUCGAUACUAAGGAAUUAGAAGAUAAUAAAUCAAAGGAAGAUGCCUCCACUACUCAAGAAAAUGUGAAAGCUAAGGAUGCAGUCUAGUUAUCAUUUAGUGACAUUAAAGUAAAUAAAUUGAUCAAAAUAAUUACCUCAACAUGUUAUUGCUAAUUAUUAUUAUGAAAUGGAGUUUUUAAGAACAAAUUGGAUUUUAUUAUGUGUAUUGGGAUAAACUUUGUAGGUAUAUUAUGUAGAGAACUAAGGUUCUGCCUAGAUUUUUAACUUAAUUGUUGACUAGGUUCUACUUAAAUCUACAUAACGGUUAUUCUAUGUGAGAAAAUAAUGAAAUUCCUAUAAAAUAAUUCGUUUUUUUUCUGUUAUGUAUUAACUGGAUCAUGUUAGGUAAUUAUUGAAUAGAUUAUCAUAAAAUAGAUAUUUAUAUUAAUAUAACGGAUGUUGAUAGCAAUAUCUAGGUCAAUGUGAUUUAGUAGUUAGAAGAAAUAAAUGGUUUUGUUUUCAUC